GUGGCUGUGCGUGAUGACGCAGGCGGAGCACGUCGUGCCUUGCGUGCUGCGUCAAAUCUUCCAACACAUCCGCCGCUCGGUGGCCGGCUCCCAGCAGCCAGCCGCCUCAGGCCCCGCUCCUCCCCGCACCGUUAUCCGCUUAUCACCAUCACCGUCCCGGCAGGAAGCAGCUCCGCCUCGGCCCCGACUGGAAGGAGCCGCCGCCGCCGCCCUCCCAUCCAGAACCGGGACUUUUCCAGCGCGGCGUGAAUGAGGUGAAGCCUGAGGCGCAGCGGCUGGCUGGGGUGAUGGUGUUGGACUCAGGUGAGGUCUUCAUGGAUCAGGUCGAGGGUGCCAGCAUCAGGGACCGGUUGGAGCCAGACGUCCGUCCAGAACCGCCCAAAACCGCCAAAGCCCAACGGAGCAAUGUCGCCAAGAAGGAGAAGGCGUCCCACAACGGCGUGGCGGGCCCGACCGGCGGGGGUCAGGCGGUGGAGAGGAGACCCAGGGCCCCGCUCCGUCGGCCCCUCAGCAUGGAGGUGCCGCCGCAGCGCCUGAGGGGCUCUAAGGAGGCGGCCGACAGAGGCGUCCUGCAGCCCCCGUGGCGAAGCGGCGGCCCGGCGGCCCCGUCGCCCCCGACCCGCAGCCUCACCAGCCCCAGCUUCGGCGCGAGCGGCUGGAUGCGGCGCAGCGAAAGCACCUGCUCCGUGAACUACCCCCUGGCUGCGCGCGCCGGGAAGGGGCAGAUGCGGCCCGCCACCUCCCUGCCCCACAUCGCCAGAGGCGCGGGGGGCUCGGCGCGGCCCACGCCGGCCCGGCCCUGCCUGCUCGUGGCCCUCAGGCCCCUGAACCUGGAGCAGGAGAAGCAGACCUUCUUCCAGUCCGACUACAAGUACGAGCCUCAGUUUGAGUACGCCCAGCCCGAGCCCAGGAGCGUGCUGGACAAGUACCGGGAGGGCUCCGGCCUCUUCCUGGAGCAGGCCGUGGGGAUCAUGGAGUGCGUCCUGAGGAAGUUCGGCUCCUACGAGAACUUUGAGGAGGUGACGGCCGGCGGCGUCCUGCCGAAGAGUCAGGUCUGGGCCGCGGUGCGCAAGUACCUGCAGAAGGAGGGCUGCGUGGGGGAGGUGGUGGUGCGUCUCUCCGAGGAGCUGCUGUCGCAGGCGGUCAUGGUGGUGGAGAGCUGCCGUCCCACGCUGACCAUCAACCUGGCCGGGGCGCGGCAGCACUGGCUGGAGGGGAUGCUGAGGCAUGAGAUCGGCACGCAUUACCUGCGAGGCGUGAACAACAGCCUGCAGCCGUGGGCCUCCGCCGAGGCCAGGAAGCAGCUGGGCCUGAAGCCGGCCAACCCCACGGAGGAGGGCCUGGCCAGCCUGCACAGCGUCCUGCUGAGGAAGCAGCCGUACCUGUGGCGCGCCGCGCUGCUCUACUACACGGUGUACCACGCCUGCAGCAUGAGCUUCAGCCAGCUCUUCAGCCACAUCGCACGCUUCGUCCAGGACCCCGACGUCCGCUGGGAGUACUGCCUUCGAGCCAAGAGGGGACAGACGGACACCUCGCUGCCCGGCUGCUUCAGCAAGGAUCAGGUCUACCUGGACGGGAUUCUGCGGAUUCUUCGGCACCGAAGGAAUAUUGACUUCAAGAUGCUGACUUCUUUAGGAAAGGUGUCUUUUGAAGACGUGGAGAGGCUGCGUCCCCUGGCGGCGCUGAACCGGACCAGGAUCCCUCACUUCAUGCGCGACCAGGAGCGCUACCUGCAGCACCUGGACCACAUCGUCGCCGUCAACGAGCUGGACGACCCCACGCUGGAGCAGCUGCUCCCCUGAGCGGGCCGAGCUGCCGCGUGUUGGUACUGACUGUUUCAUCUGGUGCCCUGAUUCUUACUGAAAUACCUGGUCUUAACGAGGCUUUACCUGAAAAAAAAAAAAAAAAACCUCUCUGUUGUCCUUUAUAAAACUUGAACGGUCCGAACACAAAAGGGAAGAACACACUAACGCCUCCUGGUUUCCACUCUGAUGCAUGUCUGUGUUGCUUUUCCACACGGAUCCGUGCAGUUCAGCUGCGCCCGUAAUGAAGAUACCUCAGUAUUAUCACGCCGUGUAACCACCAUUAUAUCUGUAGACUCACGUAAUCAUAGGCGGCACGCUUUAUUUACGCACUCGUUUAGGUUUUCGUUAUUUUGCAAGAACAAACUGAAUGUCACUGGUGUUAGCUUUAUUUUUUUUAUUAUUUUAAAACUGUUUUUAUGCCUUAGAUUGUUUGCAUUUUUAAAAAGAACACCAAGGACACAAUAUUUAAAAACCUGGGGGCGGCGUUGCGGUAACUGAGGCCAUGAAUCUUAAAAAUAUCAAGUGCCACUGGUCUCAGGCGAGCGUUAGCCGCCCCCCCCCCCCCCCCCCCGGGGGGUUUAAUCAUCAGUGUUAUGAAGAAGCUAAUCAGCAGUGUUGUCUUAACUGUGUCCUUGGUGGGCUUUCAGUUUGCUACUGUGAUGCGACCCGUCCCGAAGUUCAGCUGCAACCAACGGUUCAACAUUUGGGAUCUUUGCAGAGGUCGGUUCACCUCCUCCCGUCUUCCAACACUUAGCAGAAGAAACAAGACGCAGCUGUCCCUGAAAUGGGGCAAGAAGUUGUUUUUUUAGUGAAAACCACCCCUAAAAGUCACGACAUUUAACCCAGAAGCCUGAUUCGUUCUAAUUGUUAUGAACUUACUUUGAUGCAAAUCAACAAUUUCAAGCAGAAAGUUAACCUGAUAUUUAUAAACCACCUUUAGGUGUUAGGUUAGGCUGUUAGCAUCAUUUAUUGUGAUCGUUCAUUUUUGAUUGUAUUUAACACAGAAACUAGCGAUCACGCAGGAGGCUGAGGGACAACGUUAAAUUUAGAUCAUCAAACCUGGCAACAAUGGCCACCCAAUAAGAGAGUUAGCAGAGACGGCCAGCCUCGUUUAUUUAGCCAUUAGCCGCUUCCUUGUUUUAACCCCUGCUGAGCAUGCGCAGUACGUACUUCCUUUAAAAUGUAUUUACUUUUAUUUACUAACGAAUUGAGCAAAAACAAAGCGUAAAACACAAAAAAACACAAAAAAACAAUAAAUAAUACGGCAGCAGGACGUGAUAAUCUUCCAUAAAACCUCAAAAACGCCAGAAAACGUGACGUCUGAGAUUGAUAGCUUGGAAACCUAACAGACCGGCACCCUGAACAGAGAUUUAAAAGUGCUCUAUGGCAUGCUCUGUCUGCUUGGUGACAAAGAAUUAUAUUUUUUAAGUUCAUUUUUUAUUCAUGAGCCAUGCAGUGGUUGGAUACGUUACAGCAGCAGUGAAUGGAAGCAGCUGAAAGUCUCACUUUUCUGCAAGUAAUCCAUAUGUGGGUCUUAAAGACUAAACUGCACUACAGUAAUGCAUGGGUUAAAACCUCAUUCUCCAAGCUAAUGCUACACGUCUCAUGGUGGAGUUUAAAUAUUGAAAAUGUCAUUCUUUCAGGCACGGAAAAAACGAGUCACUACUGCAGCGAAUGAUUCAUGCAGGGGGAACAUCUGGAGAAAGAAGUUAUUAGUUUUUGUCAGAUGUUCUGUACAGAGAGACACUAAAACGCUUCGUCUUGUUCUGCGUUCCAAUCCUGUGGCAAGACGUUAGAACAGAGCCUGGUUUUGUGUUGAUGAGGAGAAAUCCACCUCUGUUCUCCAGUGGGGAGGAUCUUUGUGAAAAGAGCGCUCACUCUGCUUUUUUUUUCCUGCGCUGCCAAUACGGGUCCAAGCAGCCGUUCAGCAUGUUCCCUCAGAAAGUUCUUACUUUGUGGACAAAACAGGCCGUCGAUGACCGGAUGUCGUCCAGAUUGAGAUUAUAUAGAGAAACCAGCUCCACUUUCAGAAAAAUGGAUUUUUAGAAUAGAUGAUAAAUCACAUCAGGUUAACAAAAUGAGCUGAUAAAAACUUUGAGUUAAUCAGCUGAAAAAGUGACGCUGCUUUUACGUGUCAUACACUAAACUCUUCAUUUCCUCUGAUCCGUUCUGCAGUUUAAUAGUUUUCACUUCUCAGAAUUGGCCGGAUUAACAGUUUCAAUCAAUUCAUCUGCUACUUUUUAUUUACUUAGCAGAACACAUGAGUGACAUCACACCUCUGUUAAAAAUCCGAAACCUCCCAAAUGUUGAACCAAUCCUUUUUUUUUUUUUUUUAAUAGAUGAAAUGCCAAAGUGGCGUCUUUAACUGUUUUUAGGGCUUUUUGUGAAGCAGCUGUGGUUCCUGAUCCAGAUGUUUCAGCUUUUGGAGGAGGAGGAGGAGGCUGGGCGUCCUGGGCGUGCCUUCGAUGGGUCUAGAGCUCAUCUGCUGUAGCUAAACGUGUGUCUGUCUGUAGGCUGCUUUUUACUUUGACGCUACCGACGUCGGUCAGGGCAUUCAGUUUGGGCCAGACGGGAAGAACCGGGUCAAAGGCCUUGUUUUUAAACUAAAACCAGUCACACAACAGGUGGACUCUGAUGCAUUUUAAAUACGUAGAUUCGAUUUUUUCAGAUGCGACUGAAGUUUUCUCUGCUGCGUUUACAGUUUUAGUCACUUAAGCAGAAAAGUUUGAAGUCUGUGGCGAGGUUUCCCCGUCAGAACUUCGGCCCGGAUUCUCCUGAACGAAUGCGCCGACCUGUAACGCACGAAUGUUGCACAAUGUUGUUUUAUGUUCUGGAAAAACAUCAAAGUUCCAGUGUUAUUUAUUAAACACACGCACUUAUUGGA